CUCUCGCGGCCAAGGGACUGGGCUGCGGUUGCGGACGCUGCUCGCCCCGAGGCUCUGGUGCCAAAACCUGCAGCUGUCGAUUCACCGUUAGAAAAAAAUAAUUGCAGAGGUCACCAAAUAGGCUAAUCGGAAGAUUAGCGAUACUGCCAGAGCUAAAAUGGCACUUCAACUACUACUGUUCAUGUUCGCGAUGCCAAUCCCUGUCCUGAGUGAAGAUGGCGCUAAGCUGUGUGGCCUGAAUGGCUGCCAGGCUAUAGAACUGGCCAAGAGACACACGGAAUUGAUGAUGGCAAAACUGAUGCAUACAAUCAAGCCUGAAGCUUUAGAAGAGGUCUUCGAAAACAUGAAAAAGCUGGAACAGCUUGUCCGUAACGUAGAAGACCUUGAGAGAGAUGUGAGGAGCCUGUUCCAGCCAGUGUGGCCCGUGAACUCCAGCCCGCAGCGGUGGUCGAUGUGCGCCGAAGGCCCCUGCUCCUGUAUGAUGGAGACGCGCGCUGUGUCCUGCUGGCGCCUGGAGCUGCUUUACCACGUUCCCCGGAAGCAGCAGAUUCCAGUGGACACGAUAAGUUUAGAUUUGGGGAUGAAUCGCCUUAGAUUCCUCCACAAGGAUUCUUUCAACAGUCUAACCGAGCUGGCCGAAUUAGACCUGAAUGAUAAUGAAUUAGAACUGCUUCCAUAUAGCAUUUUCUACGACCUUGAAAACCUAAGACAUCUGAAACUCCAUAAAAACCGAUUGUUAUACCUGCCUCAAGACAUAUUCCAGGAUGCUCGAUCUUUACGAACCAUAGACGUGUCUCAUAAUGUGCUGGAAGGCUUACCUAGCAAUGGUUUUAAGAAGCUUUACAACCUUUAUCUUCUGAAUUUGGCCAGCAACGCCAUCACGCAUCUGGACGAGGAAAUUUUCUUCGAUCUGGAGAAUCUCGAGGACCUGGACUUAUCCGAAAAUAAAUUAAAGGCAGCCAUAAGAUUCGAUACGUUACAGCGCUAUCCUUUCAUGGGGAAGCCAUUUCAGUGUGGAAGAGAAGUCAGAGGCAAUUGUCAGCAGCUCUUGACAUCCUUUACUCCCGCCAGUCCAUCUGUCGGCUUAUUCACCCUGUGGAAACCAGUAUCCGCUGACUUCAUUGGGCUGGUGAUGACUGAUUGCACAGAUAUGGACAUGACUGCGCUCGUGGAGGAUCUGAGAGCUUUUUUAAACACAAUCCAGCAUCAAGAAAACUACCUCACACCCAGAGUCUAUCAUGAGUGUUUAAGGGCAAUUGAGGCUACAUCAGGUGCAGAUCACACGUCUUUGCAAGUUUACCAAGGGUUAUUUCUGUGCAGAAUUGACUAUUGGAUUUCAGGCAUAGUCAUCAGAUACAUCCAUGGCAGACAGAGGCUCCCUUACCGCUCUGCUGUAAGUCAGUUGAGGGAAGUGGUGAAAGGGAGCUUUUCAACAGAAAGGCCUGGAUACUGGCACUCCCACCACCAGUGUUUCUAUCCAGCUGCACCAGCACCAUCGGCUGAGAAUUACAGAAUACUCUUAAUGGAAUCUCAAUCCACUGAAAAGGAGUUGCCUCAGCUGGUCUUCUACAAGUUGCGGCGCCUGAAGCGUCUCAAACUCUACGAGAAUGAGCUCACUCGCCUUCCUUACGGCGUUUUCACUGACCUCUUUGACCUGCAAGAGCUUCACCUCCAGAACAACUUUAUUGAAAGUCUUCCCACGGGCGUGUUUGGCCACCUGACUAAUCUGACCUUCCUUGAGCUGACCAGUAACCGCAUUAAGGCCAUAGAAUAUAGAGACUUCAUCGCCUUGGGCAAUCUCCGGUCUCUCUUUCUGGGUCAGAAUUCCAUCAUUAGGAUAAGUAACAAAACUUUUGUGGAAAUAGAAGAGAACAUGUCAAUAGUACACAAGAAUUUCAUUCAUCAUGCUUUCAAUUAUCCUGGCUCUCAUAGAGAUGCCAUAGACCUGUUUACCGUCCCCCAUGUACAAAUUUGUAAAAAAAACGUAAAUUUCUAUCUUUUAGGUACUCCUAAGCUGGAGAAAUUGUAUCUUUUCUCAAACAAGAUCGAGGAUAUAGAACUUGCUGCCUUUUCUGGCUUGAACAACUUGGCUUGGUUGUUGCUCAACAAUAAUCUUCUGCGUUACCUCCCAAGAGAGAUCUUCAGACGCACUCCGAGUCUGUUGCGACUUCAGAUUGACAGUAACAAAUUCAUGCAGUUGCCUGAAGGGCUCCUUGAUGAGUUGCAAAUAGUAGAACAAGUGAAGUUGUCGAUGAAUCCUUGGCACUGCGACUGCUUCAUACUUUACCUCACAGGGUGGCUCCACCGUAAUCCUGACAAGAUCUGGGACAGGCAGCCCAAGUGCCGCGGCCCCGGCGACCUAGGAGGUAAACCCGUGAUAGACAUGACAUUCAACAGUGUUUGUGACGGACAAUGGGCUUCCAUGACGAAGAUUCAAGGCCGCGUUUGAAGGAACAGUUAUUUACAAGAACCUGUGAAUUUUUCCUUCAGAAGUGCUGAAAUCUUUCCAUUGAUAUUCUAUGCACAAAAAGUAUAAUAGACUUUGUCAUUGCAUAAUUAUAUUGAUAUAUUUCAUGUUCAAAAGCAAGUACAAGGGUCCCCAGAAACCAAAAUGAAAAUCGCUAUGACAAUGAUCACAAUUUGUUUUUUAAACUCUCAAUAAUGCUGGAACUUUAUAACAAAUUCUUAAUUUGGGGGACGAUUUUUUUUUUUUUAUAAAAAAGGCUUUAUAAUAUUAGUAGUUUCUUCAAACAAAAACCGUUAGUCAAAGAGCAAAAAUGUAUAGGCAUGAAUUAAGCGAAGAGAGUAACAUACUUUGAGACCUCCAAACCCAUUUGCACAUACUGUAAUGUGAUACCUCAUAGGUAGACGCUAAGUUUCUAAAAUAUGGUUUACAUAAAAUCCUAGUAAUACCAUUGCGUAGCCUCUUCAAAUUUUCCACUUGGCUUAUAUGUAAAAUG